ACAACCUAUGAGUGUCUUGGUUUUUCACUCUCAAGAGAAUGGUAGAUACGUUGAUAUAAAAAUGACAGCACAAACUUCAGAUAUAUUGUCUUUGAUUUUAUUCCAGAGAGUGAAAAUAUAUAUUUAUCUUAAGUAAUCAUGCAGACCUUUUAUCUUGUUAUGCUCUUCGUAUCUUACGGAUCUGCUACACAUUUUUUCAAGGCUAUCGAGAACCUUCAUCAUGUCCCACAUCAUAAAACACACGUCAAAGAAGUUAUUCCAGUGCAUUAUCCAUCCGUCCCUCUUCAUUCAUUAAAAAAGCCAUUUCCUCCUCCAGUGUUCCCUAUUUUUCCAGUAAAACCUAUCCACAAGCAUCACGAUAAAAAACCUAAAUCAGUUGCUCCUCCUAUAGUUAAGCCAGUGCCGGUGCCAGUUCCAGUACUUGUGCCUGUAAAAAUUCCUCCUCCUCACAAACACCAUGUCCCAAUAGACAUAACUCUGAAGCCAUUCAUUCCAUUUGCUAAAGUACAUCAGAAGAUCAAAGGGCAUGAGCACAUCGACGAGAGAUAUUUUCAUUAAAAUAAGUCUUUUCAGUUUAAUGUUUUUUGUUCUUAGAAAAUAAAUGGUUAAGGUUUUUCAUGUUGUAAUCAUAUUUACUAGUAUAUAAUUUGAUAUAACUGCCAUUAAAAUGAUCUGAAUACUA